UCUCUCUCUCUCUCGCUAUAGCUUGUAGCCUUGUAGUGUCUAACACAGAACCGCUCUGCUUUCUGAAACAAGCUACUUUUUACUCAAAUGGGUGCCUCAGGAAAAUGGCUAAAAUCACUAAUCACUCUAAAGAAGCCCCACACAACAAACCACGACAAGGUGGAGGAUAAGACCAAGAAGAAAUGGAGGCUGUGGAGGAGCUCGUCAGAGGGCAUGAAUAGGGGCCACAAGUUUGCGUCUAAGGCGUCCAAUUCUUCCUCUGGUGCUUUCAAUGCUGCCAUUGCUACUGUAAUGAGAGCACCGCCUAAAAAUUUCAUGGUGAUCAAGCAAGAAUGGGCUGCCAUUCGGAUCCAAACCGUGUUUCGAGGCUUCUUGGCGAGACAGGCUUUGAGGGCUUUGAAAGCAGUGGUGAGGCUUCAAGCUAUCUUUCGAGGCCGGCAGGUUCGGAAGCAAGCUGCUGUUACACUGAGGUGCAUGCAGGCUCUUGUUCGGGUUCAGGCUCGAGUAAGGGCACAGAGUGUCAGGACAUCCUUAGAAGGGCUAGGUUUACAAAAAUUAUUGGAUGAACACCUAGCUGAUCCCAUCAAGCAGACUGAGAAAGGAUGGUGUGAUAGUCCUGGAACCAUUGAUGAAAUCAGAGCAAAGCUACAAAUUAGGCAAGAAGGAGCUCUCAAGAGGGAGAGAGCAAUUGCCUACUCCCGCUUUCAACAGCAACCAAGAUUUUCUGCUAGUCCCAUGUCAAGAACCAGCAAGUCAGUGACUUCUCCCAAGCAUCAUAGGCAAGAUAAGAACAUCUCUGGAUGGAGCUGGUUAGACCGAUGGAUGGCGGUCAAGCCAUGGGAAAGCAGAUUGAUGACUAACCCCUCAGAACUGACUCCAUUGUCUAGUAAAAGCGAUGAUCAAGUUCUCAGUUUUCAUCCAUAUUCUUCAGAUCAUGACUUGGUGAAAGUAAGAAGGGAGAAUGUCACAACUAGGAUCUCAGCUAGACCACUUUCAGUUGGUCAAAUUAGUCACUCAUCUUCUGCCCCAAGUUCCGAAUCUCUAUACGAUGAGAGCCGUGCAUCAACUUCAUCUACAUCCACAUCUCCAACUCUAGUAUCUAGUAACACUCUCUUGAUGGAAACAAUAGGGGAAAGGAAUCUCCAUACGCCCAGCUACAUGAAUCUCACAGAGUCAACUAGAGCUAAGCAAAGAGCUUGCAGGUAUUUCUCUGACAGUUUGCAGAGUCCUUUUAUGGAAGAUUUUCUGUGCCAUAAAAAGCCAACGGUAGUUUCUAGUGGAGAUAUGAGGAGCAUUGCUGGUUCUAAUCCUUCAGUUGAUUUGAGCAAAGAUCUGUACCCACCAGUUUCAUUGGUUAGACACAAUCGAGUAAUAUAUCAACAACACUAAGCGAGAUUAUAACUUGCCAUAAGGAGUAAGAGGCUUAGUCAAACUUAAAUGUCCAAGUUCCAUAAGUUCAACAGCUUGUUGCCCCUUGCGAUUUUGAAACGGUUAUAGUAAAAUAGAGACUCACGUACAUCAAAGGAUGAAUGAGAAAUACCCAACAUAUUAAUUAAAGGAAAGAAAACACUGGUUGAGAUAUGAACACCUGUAUUAGGAGCAAUUGUGUUCAUGGAAUGUGGUUGUUCAAUGGAGUUUGAAUAGCAUCAUUAUCUUAAGUGUAUUACUUCACAAACAAGGUCUGUUUGUUUGGCAUGUAUAUGAGUGAAUGUGUUCAUACAA